AUGUCUCGCUUCGACGAUUCUGCUCCUCAAGGGGCCACCCGCCCGGGUAUGCCUCGCACUAAUAGUGCUGCUCCUCAGCGGCCGACUCGCCCGGGAAUGUCUCGUACCGCCAGUGGUAUGCUCAUCCCGGGUGAUGCUGGAAAGGUCGUUGAGGUCCCCGUCAGCGGCAGCUCUAUCAGCGACGCUGCUGCACUCAUGCAUAACCUCAGUCUGUCGCCCUCCAUGAAGGAGCGCCGGAGCUCGCGCAACUCCUUUGGCACAUCGCUCCCUAUCCCGCGCUCACCCCGCCAGUCUCGCCUGGGGCUGAAACGUCCCGCUUUGUCUCAGGACAUUCUAGCCUCGCAGGUGCAGGACAUGUCCAAGGAAAAGGUCGAAGCCGCUAAGAACAUGGCUUUCGCCUUCGACAUUGACGGUGUCCUGGCACAUGGUACCGAGCCCAUUCAGGAGGCCAGACAGGCCUUGAAGAUGCUCAAUGGAGACAAUGAGCUGGGAAUCAAGAUUCCAUACAUUCUUCUUACCAACGGUGGUGGUAAGACCGAGGAGGCUCGCUGCAAGCAGCUGUCGGAGAUUCUGGAGGCCCCCAUCUCCACUCAACAAUUCAUUCAGUCGCACACCCCUAUGCAAGCUCUGGCAGAAUACUAUGAGACUGUUCUUGUCUGCGGUGGUGAGGGUUACAAGGUUCGCGAGGUUGCUGAGACCUACGGCUUCAAGCAUGUCGUGCAUCCAAAGGACAUUAUGGCAUGGGACCCCACUAUUUCCCCGUGGGGAACCUUUUCAGAGGAGGACCGUGCCGAUGCUAAGCCCCGCGACUUCUCUAAGAUGAAAUUUGACGCUAUCCUGGUCUUCGCCGACUCCCGUGACUACGCCACUGAUUUCCAAAUCAUCAUUGACCUGCUCCUCUCCGAUAACGGCAAGCUCCUGACCCGUGCGGAGGAUCCUGAGAACAGCGGCAUCCCUAUCUAUUUCUCUCAGGGUGACUUUGUCUUCGCGACCGCCCACAAGGGCCCUGCCCGUCUCACCCAGGGUGCCUUCCGUAUUGCCAUUGAGGCUCAAUACAAGGCUGCCACGGGUGUCGAGCUUGAGCGUAUCGUGUACGGCAAGCCGGAACGCGCCACCUACACGUAUGCCGACGAGGUGCUCAAGAACUGGAUGGAAGAGAUCCACAACGAGAACCGUCUGCCAAAGAAUGUUUACAUGAUCGGUGACAACCCUCAAUCAGACAUCGUCGGUGGCAACAUGUACGGCUGGAACACUUGCCUUGUCCGCACCGGUGUCUACCAGGGCAAGGAGGGUGAGAAUGAUACGAAUAACCCUGCCAACUUCGGUGUCUUCGACCACGUCAUGGACGCUGUCAAGGCUGCCGUCCGCAAAGAGCUCGGCCACGACUUCGAGUUCAAGUGGAACCCCAAAGUCAACCCUGUCCUCGGUACUGAGGGUUCUUCUGCUGUUGAGUAA